GCGCAUGCGCCGAUGUUGAGCCGCUGUGCUGGCUGGUAGGAGGGGUCGGUAGUGAGCGCUGUGCGCCAGCUAUAAGCCUGCUGUUAGCGCUCCGCUAUGUGACAAGCUCCCGUCCCUGACAGCCUGGGUAACGUGCCAUCCUCUCACUAUCUAGUGCAGGAAUUCUCUCAGCAUGCCAGCCCCUGCCCCCUGGAGAAUAGCUGCUGGCCUUCUGGUAAACUUGCUGUCAUCAAUCUGUAUUGUGUUUAUCAAUAAGUGGAUCUAUGUCCAUCAUAGCUUCCCCAACAUGAGCCUGACCCUUGUGCACUUCGUGGUCACCUGGCUGGGCUUGUAUCUAUGUCAGAGAUUUGGGGUCUUCUGCCCCAAGAGCCUUCCUGCCUCUAAGGUGCUGCUCCUAGCACUUAGCUUUUGUGGAUUUGUGGUCUUCACCAACUUGUCCCUCCAGAACAACACCAUAGGCACCUACCAACUGGCGAAAGUUAUGACCACUCCCGUCAUCAUCCUCAUCCAGACCCUUUGGUACGGCAAGACGUUCUCGCUCAGGAUCAAGCUCACUUUGGUCCCUAUUACAUUAGGAGUAUUCCUGAACUCUUACUAUGACGUAAGGUUUAAUGUCUUGGGAAUGGUGUUUGCGGCCCUCGGUGUCCUUGUCACGUCUCUUUACCAAGUGUGGGUUGGAGCCAAGCAGCAUGAGUUACAGGUGAACUCUAUGCAGCUUCUGUACUACCAGGCGCCUUUAUCUUCCGCUAUGCUGCUCUCCGUCAUUCCUUUCUUUGAGCCUAUCAUUGGUGAAGGAGGGAUAUUUGGACCAUGGUCAUUCACAGCCCUGGUGAUGGUCCUUCUCUCCGGAGUUAUUGCAUUCACUGUAAACCUGUCUAUCUACUGGAUCAUUGGCAAUACUUCACCUGUCACCUACAAUAUGUUUGGACACUUCAAGUUCUGCAUCACCCUCCUGGGAGGAUACAUGCUAUUUCAGGACCCCUUAUCUCUAAAUCAAGGAGCUGGAAUAAUUUGCACAAUACUGGGUAUCUUGGCGUAUACCCACUUCAAACUUAAUGAACAAGAAGUCAGUAAAAGUAAAUUGGUUCAGAGACCCUGAAUGUUGCCUCCUCAGACAACACUGUCAUUGAAGAACAGUACUAAAUAAACUGCAAGAAUGAAAGGAAAUGUGAAGACAAAAGGAGCAGCGUUCAGCGUAAAGUGUAUAUGGAGUGUGCCAGAAGAUGCAUAGACACAAUGUACGUGUCGCCAUUCAAUUAAAUCGCCAUUGUAUCUCAUUUUUAUCAUGAAUCGUAAUGACAACAGUUUACUGUUGUCAAUGAAGGAUAUUUUUUAAUUUAGUUUUUAAGAAGGUAAUGCUAUUUGCAUCAAGCUGAAAGAUCCUCAUGUAAAUGUUCCUUGCUGGUUACUGGCGCUCCAGUUUCUGCAGCCAAACUUAUUGGACUCCCAGCAAAGAAACUUUGAAACCUCUGUGAGUGCAAAUUCAAAGUUUGUAUGAAUGGAUUCUCCAGAUAUUCAAUAUUCAUAUUGAAUAAACUUGAAGAGCUUUUCAUAAACCAGUCUCCAAAUGUCUUUGUUG